AUGAAUCACGACAAUAUAAAAAUUGAAGUACCAUCUGUUCGAUCAAAAACAUUACGCGAACGUUUCCAAAAAAGAAAAAUUAUGUGGAUUUCAGUUUUUAGUAUUAUUGCAGUUUUGAUCAUAUUGACUAUUAUUAUUCCAACAGUUACUAUCAAGAAGAAAACUAAGGGCACAACAAUAACAACAGGACUAAUGACAAUCACGCUAGAAACAACAAAAUUAAGUCAAAUUACAAAGGAACCAAUAACAACAGAAAUCACGCUAGAAACAACAAAAUUAAGUCAAAUUACAAAGGAACCAAUAACAACAGGACUAAUGACAAUCACGCUAGAAACAACAAAAUUAAGUGAAAUUACAAAGGAACCAAUAACAACAGAAAUCACGCUAGAAACAACAAAAUUAAGUGAAAUUACGAAGGAACCAAUAACAACAGGAAUCACGCUAGAAACAACAAAAUUAAGUGAAAUUACGAAGGAACCAAUAACAACAUUAACAACAACAACAACCACGACGUGUCUCUGUAAUUCUACAUAUACAAAUGAAACAUGGAAUUCAACGGCUAAUCGCUUAGCUCAAUGGUCAUUUGACGGAGAUUAUCGUGAUCAAAUGAACAAUUAUAAUGCCACACCAGUAAAUAAUAUGUCAUUUAUUACGACGGGCUAUGUCAGACAAGGUCUUAGGUUUGUUGCUAAUACAAAUUCAAUGCUUAAUAUUCCACACAUUCCACUCGUAUCAACAAGCUUUACUAUUGAUAUGUGGAUUUAUAUUACUGGAUUGUCGAACACUUUGGAGCAUGGUCUAUUUGGCCUUUGUUCAGCAGCUGCAUCUUAUCGAUGUUUGCAUUUGUCAAUUCGUCAAAAUGAUGCUAAUUAUUAUUUAUAUUUUGCUUUUUAUAACAGUGAUUGUACAGGUGUGACAUCAUUGAUGCUAAACACGUGGAUGCAUGCUGCAUAUGUGUUUGACUUUACAACAUUAAAACAAAUGAUCUAUCUCAAUGGGGUAUCAGACACAACAUGUACUGCAUCAUCUUAUCCUACGUCUAGCACAACAACUGGUGUUACAAUUGGAUUUAUACCACUGAUAGCAACCGUUUUUGGCAAUGGCACUAUGAGUUAUUUUCAGGGUUAUAUGGAUCAAAUCACUGUUUCGAAUCGAACUAAAUCUUCAUGUGAAGUACUUGAAAUAGCAACAUUAGUUGCUCAUUUUACAUUUGAUGAUGGAUCAUUUCUUCAAGAUUCUGGUCCUAAUUCACUCGAUAAAGCAACAACACAAUCAACAUCAUCUAUUCCAUAUGGUCAAUAUGGUCAAGCCAUUCACUUUACUGGUACAACUUCGUCUUUUUUUCAAGUAUCUGGUUUUACUUCGCUUGGAACAACAAAUAAACCAUUUUCGAUUUCUCUCUGGAUUCGACCAAUGUCUCUACAAGGUGUUCUUGUUCAUGUUACACGUCAACUAACAGGUCAUUGUGGAUGGUGUAUUCCGUUUCUUGCUUUUACUUCUAAUGGUUCGAUUUUUGCCGAAAUCUGGACGGGUGAUAGUCUUGUAUCUGUUAUUGGUCCAAAAUCUGCUGUAUCAACAUUAGUUUGGUCACAUAUUGUUCAAACAUGGAGUUUAAAUAAUGGUCUUCGUCUUUACAUCAAUAACAUCCUUGUUGCAUCCGAUAAUAUUUCAGCAAAACCAUUUUUAGCUAGUGGAACUGUCAACUUUAUAACAUUAGCUAACGUUUUCCCUGGAGGUCUGUUGUACGGCCACCAAGCAAUAUCAAUGCCAUACAAUGGUAGUAUGGAUGAUUUUCGUGUUUACAGUCGUGAAUUAUCAGCAAACGAUGUUAAUCAACUUUAUAACAAUUCAAUAUAA